AUGAAUUUAUCAGAUGUAAAAAUGGGAUGUCGUCAGAAUAAAGCCGGAGCAACGAUGUGUUUAUGUAGGGAUUUUCAUGAAUGUAACGAUAUCGCUUGGCGAGAAAAGUUGGAACAAAUGGUUGCAAUAAAUUUGCCAAAUUUGGAAUGUUAUCGUAGCGACGAAACUGACGAAAAUAGGUUAGAAAAAUGUGAAGCAAACUACUGCUUCUAUGAAGAAUCUAUGGAUGAGGGUGAUGAUGGAAAUUCGACGGUAACAAAAUUUUCAAGUUGCGGUGAACCAUCAGAGUACUUAUUUGACAUUGACCUUUUUCCAAGUUGGGCUACGCCAGCGAUGUUCCCAGGCGAGUGCUCUAUAGUUGAAACUGAAGCUGGACAUCCACUUCUUAGGUGUAUGUGCAAUGAGGACGGUUGUAACGAUAAACCGUUGUACAGUGUUACACGUGGUAACGUUAAGUGUGUUGUUUACGAUUCGUCUUUAGAAUCUGCAGAAGGCGAAUGCACUGGUCACUUCUGCUUUAUUCAGCAAACCUAUCCGCCUUUUUUUGAACAUCGAGUAGCCAAAGGUUGCCUCAGCGUCAGCGAAUCAAACCACAACUUUAAGUUCGAGAAAGGUUAUCAGAACAUUAUGGGAUUGGAGCAGUGGUUAUGCGAAGAAGACUUCUGCAAUGUUGAUGUUGAUUCGGCUCGACGUUCUGCAGGUGUUUCUGCUGCCAUCGACAAUCGGCUGACAACAGGUCAACGACUGCAGUUGGCAGUCUUACUGUUUUGCUGUAUUGUACGAAUUUUUUAA